UUUUGGGCCCUUUUUUUUUUUUUUUUUCUUUCUUUUCUUUUACAUUUCUCUCCUUCCCUCACAAUCCCUUCUAUCUGCUGCUUCUGCUCGUUUGACUCUCCUCUCAGUCCUAGGCUCGUAGCCGUGGGAUCCUUUUGCCACUCCAGAAUUAGAUUCCUCCCGUUUGGCCUUAGGCAACGCUACCAAGAACCACAACCGACUACUUCUUACCUCUCAGGUGCCAAACUACGCCGUCAUUCGACCUUCAUCCUUUGCCUUCCAUUAUCUUGCUAUCUGGGUUGACUCGUUCGACUCUCACGGGGACAAAUCUAUUUUUGAAUCUCGACCCUGGGCCCUCGGUCCUGCGCCCCCAAAACCGAUUCACCCUCUGAUUGUGUCUCUCGUGAUCCUGCCAUUCCUCAUGAGUUCGUCUAUCUUGUCGCCUUCUGGUAUCCGGCAAUAGGGGUUGUGCACGCUUGACUUGUUGGCGGGGUAGAGACAUACCAGACCAGGCACCAUGGCGAUAUGGCCGUUUGGUCGCAGGGGGAAGCGGCAUACCAUCCAGAUAGACUCAACCACUGGAGUCGACGCAUCCUUGUCGCAUGAUCUCCAUCACAGCCCGGACGAAGGUAAUCUAGGCAGAAAGCCGUCCCGCAAGCAAUCUAAACGCCAGAAGAACCGCCAUUCGCAGCCCGCAGAGGAUUUCCCGGCCUCCUUUCAAGAUGUCUCUCCUCCGUCUUCGCAACCUGCCUACUACCCUCCGUCUACCUCACAGAGUGAACGGCCUCGACCCGUCAAGGCUGCCACCCUGCCCUCUUCCAACACCUCCAAACCCGAGCCGCAGACCUUGUCCCGCAAUCCAUCUCUCCUCAAACCGCGGCGCAAUGAGAACCCAGCGGUGCUUAAGAAGCGACUGAGCAAGCGAAAGGCUUACGAAAUUGCCAGGGAACGUGAGAUUCGGCUGAUGGCCUCGACCCCGAUCGACAUUCCUCGUCGCGCGACGACCCCUCUACCAGGCGAGAAUGCUUUGAUCGAAGGUCUUCGAGGCCCCAGUGCUCAGAGUCGACGUUUAAACAGACACCCUUCCGAUAUCAGCCUUUCCAUCCAUGACUCUGUAGCGUCUUCGCUCUCGGAUUUCUCCGAGACCUACACAUUCAAAGUAAAUAGCUUCGCCGCGUGGACACCUCGUCCCGUCAUUCGCUAUGUGGAAUCUCCGCGUUUAUCAAAUUCAAGAAACCAAAAAUCGCCAGAGCCAACAGCAGAUCAGAGAGUCAAGACAUCGGGGCUUGCUCCGUCCGAGGAGAAUAUGCGCUCGAAGAAAAGAAUCGAGGAGUUGGCAGACGAUCUCGAUGCGGCAGCGCUGAGAGAGCUAAUGGAGCGAGAUCGCCGACGACGGGACCGAAAACAAAUUGAAGACCAAGAGAAAAUGUAUCGCAGACUCCAGCGUAGCGCUAUGAAACAAGCACAACAAGCGGAAAUCGAUAAAACCCCUAACCCUCAUGAGGUGGCGAACGUGAGCUCCGUAGAGAGCCAGCUUGGCCGUUUGGGACCCGAGAGCCCCUUCAAGUCUCAACCUACCACCCAAGAAGACUCUAGCUCGAAUGCGAACGGCACUUUCGUUGCUAAGCCUGCCUCUGGCUCAUGGCUGCGCGAUACUUCAAAAGAUGCCGAAAGGAGUGACCGCGAAUCGCCAGAAAGCGUUCAUGUUAUUGGCAACAUUGAUGAUCGCUCUGUUCGAGAACGUAAGCCUGAACAGCGCCUAAGUUUGAGGCCAUCCCAAGACAUGGCGAUGUCGCGCAGCACCCUAUCACCCUCACUUUCACCAUCUCGACAUGCGUUGGGCAGUCCGAACUCAUCGCAGUUCUACGGGGUGACGAGGGAGUCCGCGUCCGACCUUUCAAGACCUGUUGAAUCUGAGCGACACUUGUCUGACCACGGCGGCGUGCGUGUCAACACCAUUACCUCGAUAUUCCGCCGAGGUAGCUCCCGCCUCAAGCGAAGCUAUCGCGAGCGCUUCCAGGACCGGAGCCCCCCUCCCCCGGACAACGUCUCACAUGAGUCUUUCUUCAAGGUUCACACCCAACAAUCCAUCCCGCCUCCAUAUGUACCACCAAAAAUCCUGCUCGGAUCGAGUUCCUUCAAACGUUCCCACUCGAAAUUCACCGAGAUUUUCGGCGACGAACCCCUUUCACCACCUGAUUCACGACUUCAGUCUCCAGAUAUCCCAGAGCAGCCGGUGGAUGAAUCCUUGAUGGAGGCUAAGGUACUGGAUCUGCAUGUCGGGUCUCAGUACCCUAUCCCUGGUUCUGAGUCUGACCCCCAAGAGGUCCCGAAGAACGGUCAUCAUUCAUGCAGCGGUGAUAGCUUAGGGGAAGACUCCGAAAAUGUACCUUUAUCGCAAUCAUUGGCCUCGAUCGACUCCGAAGGGUCCUGGAUGUCGGGGCAGUUUUUGCGCCGUAUUUCCCAAAGGCCUAGUAAUCUCGCUCGACAUAGCAUCAGUUCCUCCCAAAACAGAACAGACGAGGCCCUUGAAACUUCCUCCAAAUGCAAUGAGAUUGCGAAUGACGAACAAUUUGUUGCGUUCGGCGCAUAUCCUGGUGAAGUGUCUGGAGACGGCAACAGUCCUGCUGAUGAGCCAAGCAAGGACUUGGAUAUGCUCCCCGCACCGGAGCCUACACAGGAAACUUGGCAUGAGGAGAUUGCUAAACGCCCUGUUCUUGUGAACCCGGCUGUUCGGCCCAAGUCAAAUGAGGGACUCCUGAAAAACGUUCGAUCCUUGUCUCCGAUAUCAGCAGAGAUGGAAUUCAGUCCCAUCGAAGAACACUCCGAAGAACUUCUUUUCCCAACAGCGCAUGGCAGUAGCAACAUCCACGGCCGCUCGUGCGGAGUUUCCUCACCGAGUUCUCACCAAUAACCCCAGCGUGAAACUAAUUCUUCGACCGUGGGGCAUUCAGCGCCUAUUCUCUUUUGGAGGAUAUACUCCUUACGAAAGUUUCCUUUGUCUCUUCUUUCUCUUGGUAUUUUCUCUAGCUUUCCCCCGACUGACAAUGAGAUCGGAGGCAGCUAUGACUACAAUUCAGAGCAUGGGGUUUUCGUUCCGUGGCUCUGGUAUUGUUGGCGGGCUUUGUUAUUUCUUGAGUUUGUUGAUACCCCCAUCGGCGAGAGUUUGAAUGAGUUGCGUCAAUGCAGAAGGACGGCUCACUUGGCUAUUGUGCAAACUAUGCUUGUGAUAGACUGAGGCAUUCUCGUUCUUGUGAAUUUGGUGCAUAUCGGUACCUCUUCCUGUGAUGUUGCUAUGAGGCCAUGUGUAAUUUAAAUGCUCCCUUUACUGGCUAGGAUAUUCUAAUUUUGCUAUACCCUUGCUGUACCAAGCGGAAUC